UGAGAAACUAGGCUAUCCUGUUUAAUAGUAUGAAAUCAUUGGUUUUGUGUGUUGUGUUGCGAUUUUUCAUGUUGUCAUUUUCUAAUAAUAAUAGAAAUUGCAAAUUGCCAAUUAUUUGAAAAUAUAAUGAUAUAUUAUGUAUUACAGAAUAGUAAAAAAUGGCCUUAACUAUUGAACAGUGUGAUAAUCUUUUAGGAAUUUUGGAAACUCAUAGCGUACGAAAUUUUACACUUGAAGCACUUUCCAAUGAAGUCCACAAGAAGUUCGAGCCUUCUAACUUUUUCAAAGUGGGCUCUUGUAUUGUCAUGUUAUUACAAAAUAAUUUAUUACCUGAGCCCGAACAGCGAUUAGCAGCUAUAACACUACUAUAUGAAUUAUACAGAGGCGAACCUAUUGCAGAUACUCCAUUUGCUAAUGUUUUUAUAGGCCUUUUAAAUCCACCGGAGCAACAGAGUAGUGUUGGAGCUCCAAAAUUGGAAUAUCCUGGACAAUUGCCUAAGAUAACAACACCCGAAAGAUAUUUUAUAACUCAAUUAUUAUCUGACAAACCAAAAGAUGCUCUUCUAAAGAAAACUGCUGUUCAAAUUGUCAAUUCUGAUGUACCAUCACAGGUAACUCCAGAUUUUUCUACAAUAGAACUUGCAUUGGCAGAGAAGCUAUCAGAAUUGCCGCAAACAUGUAAAAUGGCAAUUCCUGUGAUUUUAUCACUACCAGAAAAGACUUCAAAUAGUUACUCAACUGACAUAGUAAAGGAUGAGACAAUUAUUAAGAAAUUGGUGACAGUAGAUGACCCACCUUUAACUAAAGUUUAUAAACCUGAGUUUAUCACGUUGGCUCCACCCUUACUAAAUUGUCAAGACGAGCCUGUUUGGUUAAAUCCUACUACACCUAAGGAACAUACUGUAGCCUAUGAUACAACAAUGUGUGUUCCUGAUAUGGCUGGUUAUGAAGCAAGGCAGCUUAUGAAUAAGGCCUAUAAAUCAGCUCUGUCUAUUCAGCAGCAACAACAGUUGUUAGGGGAGCUAGAAGAUGACCCAAAACUUGUGUACCAUAUUGGAUUGACACCCCUAAAGUUGCCCGAUCUUGUAGAAAAUAAUCCUUUAAUAGCAAUUGAAGUUUUGUUGAAAUUGAUGCAAUCCAAGCAAAUUACAGAAUACUUUAGUGUCCUGGUAAAUAUGGAGAUGUCUUUGCAUUCCAUGGAGGUAGUAAAUAGACUAACUACGACUGUUGACUUGCCUACAGAAUUUGUGCACUUAUAUAUUUCUAACUGCAUAUCAACUUGUGAAACAAUCAAAGAUAGGUAUAUGCAAAAUAGACUGGUGAGAUUGGUCUGUGUAUUUUUACAAUCUUUGAUAAGAAAUAAGAUUAUUAAUGUGCAGGAGUUAUUUAUUGAAGUACAGGCUUUCUGUAUUGAAUUUAGUAGAAUUAGGGAAGCUGCUGCUUUAUUCAGGCUGCUUAAGCAAUUGGAAUCUGGGGAACUAGGUUUAGUUUCAUCACCAACAAUCAAUUCGAAAAGUUAGAUAGUUAAUGUUGACAUACUUUUUUGGAGAAAUUCUUGUUAUUAAAUUGUUUUUUAUGAUUUGUAUUUAUUUUAGAAUGUUUAGUGCCUCCCAGGCGAGUCAUGUUCUCAUAAGAAAAUUAGAAAACCUAAAAAAAUAAAAUUUAUACUAAUAUCACAAACUAUUUUUUGUUAUGACUAUUGUACUUUUUCAAAAUACACUUUUUCUUACAACUGUCUCAAUUUUAAUUAUACCAGGUGUUAAAAAAGAAAAGCUCAUCAGAAUUUGCAAAUUAAAACUUGCCUAAAUUAAAUAAUAUUGAAAUUCCACAAUCAACGA